AUGAACAGCAGCAGUGACUCGGACGUGGUGAUGGUGACUAAAUCGGAGGACAAAAUACGACGCGACGUGAUCAAUAUCAAAACGUGGGAGUGUCCAAUGUGCACGUUCUUUAAUGAAGACAUCAGUGCGUCCAGAUGCAAAGUGUGUGAGAGCAAGCGGCCUGGUUUGACAAGGAAGACGCGAAAACUGUCGCAGUGGCUCUCACAACCAGCGGACAAGACGAAGGAGAAACUAUGCAACGCGAGGGAAGUUUCAGGUGCUCCGGCAAAGCCUGUUGAGGUUAUUGACAGUAGUGAGAGCGAUGACGCUGCUGGUAUCUGUAGUGGGGCUACUAACUUGCGGUGGAGUAAUGACAACAAUGGCAAAUUGAUGACAGCAAAGUCGAAUCGAAGACUUUGGGUGGAUUUAUACGCCCCGAAGACAGUGGAAGAGCUUUGUAUGAACAAGAAAAAAGUGCAGGAAAUUUCGGAAUGGCUACAAUGGAAUGCGUUGCCGCACUCGGGUAUACUCCAGAAACGGUUGCUAUUCUUGUGUGGACCUCCAGGAUCGGGCAAGUCGACAGCAGUACGAUGCAUUGCUCGGCAAAAGAGGUUGUUUGUAAAAGAGUGGAAAGACAACUCAGCUGCUGGAAAAAUCAAAUACGAAGGGAUGCUACGAAAAGAGUUUUGGACGCCACAGGUAUCAGGAGUAGAUGAUUUCUCGGACUUUAUCCAUCGUUCGUCAACCUACACGGCACUUCCUGUUGCUACUUCCAGACGUUUGCCUUAUGUUGGUCGGAAGCGACGGCUACCAAGCAGCCAAGUAGAACCCAGUUAUUUACAGGCGUCACCGAAGAGCUCUGGUGAGUUGAUUUUGUUAGAGAGCUGGCCACAGUCAUGGUCAAAAGAGCAAGCGAUUUAUGAAGAGAAGCUUCAGCGAAUCUAUCAGCACGUGGUAGACCCGGCUGGUAGCUGCCAUUAUCCUGUCGUAUGCAUUUACAGUGACGUCCAAGGAAACAAGAUCGAUCUAGAGCAUUUGAGCCGAAAGUUUUCGCGCGAAGUGAUGCAUUCACCGCUGACUUCGGUCAUUAAUAUUAACGCGGUGACUUCUGUCCAGCUGAAGAAACACCUUUCUCGUAUUUGUGCUCAAGAAAACUAUGCUUGUCAGUCGGCAGAUAUCCAGAAGAUAAUAGACAGUAGCAAUGGCGAUAUUCGGCAUGCGCUGAAUAUGCUACAAGUUUUACAAAGUCUCAGCGUGAGCAAAAAGCCUAGAAUGGCUCUGACACUUGCAAGCAAGAAACGCAAGAAGAUCGAUGUUUCUGCUCGCGUGAAGAUAUCAUCGUCGACUAGUUCCAGCGCUCGCGAUUCCUUUCUUUCGGACUUCCGCGUUGUGGGAAAGCUGCUGCAUGGAAAAAUGUUACAACGCAAGUGUGAUGAUGAGAGUGACGUGAAAAGUGAUGCGAAUGAUGCUGAUUGCGUCCGGAUUUUGGAUGCAACUGACCAGAUUUUGGAUGCAACUGCAAUACCACUGGAUCGAGUGCUAGGACUCGUCCAUGAGAACAGUAUUGCAUAUUUUUCGCAAGUGGAAAAUUUAUCCGACGCUUUAGGCUUAAUGAGCUUGUGUGAAGUAAUGGUGACUAACUCAUACAAUGGUGCUAGCAAUUCGGAGGCUUUCAAGCGUUCAAGGGAAGUUGCUCAAGCCAUUUUGCUGCGAACCGUAGCAAUCACAAAUGAAAAUCCCACCCCAAAGGCGUUUCGUCCGAUCACUCGGCCUCGAACAUACACUGCGAAGCAGCGCAUUGUGUCACGGCGUGAGGAAAUGGAACUGGUCACUCGAGGAGGCGACUAUGGGCUUCAAUACGCGUGUACGGGCGAUACGUUUGCGUUCGAAGUGGAGCCCUUUCUGACAAUCAUGGACAAAGUCAAUGGACGCGCGAGUAGGCAGAUUGAGGUUGGAAACUCCUUUGCGAUUAAUUUACUUUCACUCCAGGACGUGGUGGAUGAUGAGAUUGAGAACAGCGAUGAGGGGUGGUAA